AGAAGUUCGGCUGCGUCUCGAAACGUCGAUCCCCACAGCCAGCAUGGGCUCCACGUCCAAACCGAUGGAACUGUUAAACAUGAAAGAAAAUUACGUGUCCUCUUCCUUCAUUCAAAGCUUCCAACUACCUCCAAGCGAGCAUCUUCCAACUCCCUCAUCUAAACUCAGAGAUGAUAGCGUUUCCACACUGCCAAGUUCUCUUUCCUCUCCUCUCCUCCCCUCCCGCAAAAAACUGACAAAGGCCAAAAGAAGAAGAUGAGCCGGAAGGUCUUCCUUCUUUUCCUUCACAUCUUCUUCCUCCAACAUCUCACCUCAAAAUCCGAGCACUCACCAUCUUUGGUUUCUAGAAUUUCCUUCGGCUCCUGCUCUAAUCAAAGUGCUCCUCAGCCCAUAUGGGAUGCAAUCAUUAAAUUCGAUCCACAAGUUUUCAUAUGGUUGGGGGACAACAUCUACGGAGACAACAGGCGACCCUUCUCAAUCUUCGGCAGGGUGAGGACAAUAGGUCCUUGGAAGAAUGCGGAGAGGUUUUUCCCAAGCUCGGAGUUGGAAAUGAGGUACAGAUACCAACAAGCUAAGAGCAAUCCCGGCUACUCUGCCGUUCGCCGAAAAGCACGGGUUAUCGGCACGUGGGAUGAUCAUGAUUACGGAUUGAAUAAUGCAGGAAAAGAAUUUCCAGGGAAGGAUAUUAACCAGAAGCUGAUGUUGGAUUUUCUAGAUGAGCCUCAGAAUAGCCCAAGGCGUAAGCAGGCUGGUGUAUAUGCUUCAUAUGUAUUUGGUCCCCAAGGAAGGCAAAUCAAGAUUAUUUUGCUGGAUACAAGAUACCACAGAGAUCCUAUUUCUAGUGAUGGGAGCAUGUUGGGGAGUUCACAAUGGAUUUGGUUAGAAAAUGAAUUGAAUUCUUCUCCAACAGAGAUUACCAUUAUUGCCUCUUCUAUUCAGGUCUUUCCUUACAUGGUAUAUGUGCGAAGACAUUGCUGGGAAAUUGAGAUAGCUGUUUUUCACUUACUGGUUAUUUCAAACUUGACUGCUGUUGGAAGUCCUUUAUUUGUUCUUGAAUCAUGGGCACGUUUCCCGAAGGAGAGGGCAAGGCUUUUCAAGCUUAUAGCAGAUAGCAAUAGAAGUGGGGUGUUCUUCAUAAGUGGGGAUGUCCAUUUUGGAGAGAUUACACGAUAUGACUGUGGCACUGGAUACCCUCUUUAUGAUGUAACCUCAAGCGGGCUUACACAAUCUGUUGAGCAGGCGAUCCCCCAUUCACUUUCUUUGUUAGUGAGGUUUAUGGCAUGGUUAAUGCCUAGUACCAUGAGGAUUUACGGAGAAGAUUGUCGCUAUAGAUCAUGCACAUAUGCUAAACCAAACUUUGGUGCCAUUGAGAUAGACUGGGAUGCUGCUCCUGUAUCGUUAAAAAUUGAGUUGAGAGAUGUGAAUGGAGAUCCUGUUAACAAUGUAAAAGUACUUUUAUCAGAUCUGCAUCCUGGAGGCACAUACCGAACCCAACCGACAGCAGGAACCCACAAGCACCACUGUUCUCUUGAAGUUGAUCUUCCUUGGCUUUCUCGGCACUGCUUUGCUAUUGUGUUCUAUACAUCUUUGUUAGGAUUGGCGUUGGCAAUGGGCGUGCUCAUCCAUAUAACAGUAUCAGUCAGCAAACAAAUCUUUGUGAAGCUCAAGCGAGAUUAACUUAUGCCAUUCCCUUAAUGAAUGCGCACAGCAGUUAUUCAUUCUGAACCAGUGGACCUGCAUUGAUGAUUGUUAGCAUGGUAAAGAUCUGUGUAACACUGAAUAUUAAGCUGACGGAGCCUGUCUUUUUUGGCUUUUAACAUUUUCGUUUUUGAUAGCCAAUUUUUUGUGGUCAUUAAAGCUGAGGUUAAUUUCUUAGCAGCAGAUCUGGAGAAGUUGCAUGCCUCCCAA